CUCUUCUUCUAUGGCAAGCUAUUCAAGACAUCUGAUUCUAAGAGAUGUCAUGGCAAAAGGGUCUUGAAGAGCUCAAGACUGCCAAGGAUGAAAUUAUACUGGCUGAUAAACAAGCAGGUAAAGACGAGGGGAAAACUGAGGAGGAAUUAAGAGGAAUUGGAGAGGAAUUGAAGGGAAAUUUAAAGAGAUCACAAGGGAUUUUAACUCCUGAACAGAAGGUAUUAUGGAAAAUGAGCCCAAUAAGAGAAUCCCAGGGUGAAACAAGGCAAUUUGAGACGGUUUUAUCACUGUUUAAGACGGAGAAUGACGAGGAGAAGUACAAUGAAGGAUUAGAUCCGGCUAUUAAUCUUUGGAAACGGUAUGAAACAUCACCAACAGAUACUAUAGAUGCAGGAGUAAUAGAUAAACCUUUAAAUCUGUAUGAAGAAAAGGGUUUUUCACUUUUUGAGACACAAAAAGUACCAGCAACUCGAAAAAAAAGAACAAUAAGAAAUAUAGAGGGAUCAGAUGAGUUAUUUAUGCAAAAAACAAGGAAUUCUAUGGAGUACUUGGUUAAUAAAUUAAAAGCUUUUCUUCCAGAGCCGUGGAAAAGGCAAUAUACACAAGAAUCAGAUGUAUAUGUAUCUUCAGAAGAAAUUCAGCAGUCUGAAGAGACAAUAGAACAGGAAAUGUAUAGUAAAAUUGAAAAAGACGAUGAAGAAUCUUUUAAAAAGGAAGAGAUGUUAUUUCAGAAGGAAGAAAUUUUAUUUGAUGAAAUAGAAGAAAUUUCCAAAUGUUUUGAUGAAGAUAUAAAAGAAAAUGAAGAAGAAAUAGAAGGAAUUGUUGCAAUUGAUAGUAUUUUAAUUGAAAAUCAGGAAGAAAUGGACAAAAAACAAGAAGAAUUGAGUUUAGACGCAGAUCAAGUAAAUAUUGAAUUUUUAAAGAAUUAUACAGAAAAAAAGAAUGUAGAAUCAUCAGUGAAAGAUGAGGUGAACGAAUUAUGUGAAAAUUUUUCUUUGGAAGCAGAUCUUGAACAAAUAUCUUUCUCAGACGAUAUAUUGGAGGAUUCUUUUACAGAUGAUAUGUUAGAUGAAGACAUAGAGGCUGUUUUUUCAGCAUUAGAUACAUGCGAGGGAGUUGAUAUAGACAAAUUUAAGGCAGAAAAUGUUGAAUUGGAUGUUGCAGAAGAACAAUGUAUCUUUGAAAAGAGUAAAAAUGAAAUUUCUACUUUAUAUGUUGAGAAUGAAAUCUCAUCUGAUGAUUAUUCUGAAGAUAUAUCUUUAGAAUUAAAUGAUCUAUGUAAUGAUGAGAAGAAUCAUUCAUUUUUAAAUUAUAAGGUUUGUAAUAUAAAAGAAGAACCAUGGAUUGAUUCCAAUGGAUAUAAAUGGUUACAAAAGGUUGUUUUAAAUGAAGAAAAUCAAAUAAUUCUAUUAAGACAAGAUUGGUUUUUUACACCAAUUGAAAUAGGCGAUUAUUUAUAUCUUCAUGGAGAAUAUGACGAGAAUGGCAUUUGUAUUGUAGACAAUUCUCAUUCUCUUGUGAUUUUAAAUCCAGACUUUUUAGUAUCAUGUACAUCUGUUGCAACUUCAUAUUCAUGCACCAGAAGAAUAAUCCUUCAGGAAAAGGUAAAAUUAACAGAUGAUAUAUCGAAAAGUCAAAUUUAUGGAAAGAUAUUGCAUUGUCUUUUUCAAUUGUGUCUUGAAAAUGAUAAUUUUAGUUUAUCUUUUUUAAAAGAAAAAACAAAGCAAUUAGUAUUAGAUAAUAUAGAACAUUUGGAUAUUUCAGGAGAAAGUAUAGAAAGCGCAAUGAAACAUAUUUCUGGGAAAUUUUUUAAUUUACAAAAAUGGGCAUCUAAAUAUUUUUUAAAUACUCAAGAUGAUAAUUCAUAUAUAAAGGCUUUUAGGAGUAGGACAUCUAAUCCUUGUCAUAUAUCUGUUAACAAAUUACUAAGAACUGAAGAACAUAUUUUAUCUCCAAAAUAUGGAUUAAAAGGGUAUAUUGAUGUUUCAGUUCAAUUGGCAAUUAAAUCAGACAUUGAUUUACAAUACUCAAUAGCACCUCUUGAAUUAAAAACAGGAAAUAAUAUAUAUGUAAUGCAACAUCGAGCUCAAACAAUUCUUUAUACACUCUUAUUAUCUGAACAUUAUGGCGAAAAUGUUGAUUUUGGAUUACUUUUUUAUUUGGAAAAGGGAGAAGUUAUUCAAGUCUUUCCUGUUCAUGAUGAAAUUCGUGGACUUAUUAUUGCCAGAAAUAACAUUGCAAGAUAUCUUAAGAAUAAUCAAGAAUUGCCUCCUAUGCUUAAAAACAUGUUUGUUUGCAAGAAAUGUCCUAUGCGUAAUCCUUGUUUUGUCUUUCAUAAGGCCAUUGAAUCAGGAACAGCUGAAACAAGUGGCUUAGGAGAAUACUUUAAUGAUGAGACGAGUGAUAUAACAUCAAAAAAUAGCAAUUUUUUUAGGAAUUGGGAUUUUAUCUUAUCAAAAGAAGAAAAUGAAAUAUUUCGUUUAAAAAAAGAAUUGUGGACUAUGACUAGUAAAGAAAGAGAGAAGCAUGGGAGGUGUUUAAGUAAUCUUAAAAUUAAAAAAAUUCAUUCUAUUUCUGAAGAAGAUAUUUUAAAACAUAUUAAUCAUUAUAUAUAUACUUUGGAAAAAUGUUCUUCAUCUAACAAUGAUUAUUCGUUGCUUGAUUCAGAAAUAGGUUAUAAUGAUUUUAUUACUGUUUCAGAUGAAAAUGGUCAUUAUGCUCUUGCAUAUGGAACUGUUAUUAAUAUAGAACCAAAAUUUAUUACUGUUUUGUUAGAUCAACAAUUGUAUAAUCCAACAAGUAUUUUAAGGGAUCAUGAUAUCCAGUAUACUCAAAUAUCUAAAAGCUCUAUGCUCGAAGUUUUUAAAAAUGAUUUUAAUGAACAAGAUGAUAAAGAUAUACUAUAUCGUAUUGAUAAAGAUGAAUUUAAAACUGGAAUAACAUUGGCAAGAGAUAACUUAACAAAAUUGUUAUAUUUAAAACAGGAAAAACGUAGAAGAGAAUUGAUUAUAAACUUAUAUCCUCCUAAAUUUAGUUCAAUAUUAACCGAUUUUUUUAAAAUACCAGAGUAUGAAAAGUUAAAUAAUGAUCAGAAAAAGGCAAUUUCAAAAGUGAUGACAGCUUUGGAUUAUACUUUAAUUUUGGGUAUGCCAGGAACGGGGAAAACCACAACUAUAACAUAUUUAAUUCAAUUUUUGAUUGCAAAUAAUAACUCUAUCUUAUUGGCAUCAUAUACGCAUAGUGCAAUUGAUAAUAUUUUAUUAAAAUUAAAUGUUGAAAAAGAAAAUGUUUUGAGAUUAGGUUCAAUUGAACGAAUACAUCCAGAUCUCCGAAAAAAGAUUAUUACUGAAGAAUAUGUUGUUAAUGAUUUUGAAUCAUUUCAAUUAAAAUAUAUUAAACCAUCUAUUGUUGCUACUACAUGUCUUGGUAUUACACAUUCAAUUUUUUCUAAAAGAACUUUUGAUUAUUGUAUUAUUGAUGAAGCAUCUCAGAUAAUCCUGCCUAUAUGUAUUGGCCCUUUACGUUUUUCAAAAAAAUUUGUUCUUGUUGGCGACCAUUAUCAAUUGCCUCCUUUGGUACGAAGUAUUGAUAUAGCAAAUCAAGACAUAGAAAUGAGUCUUUUCAAACAUCUUUUGGAUGCAAACCCAUCUGCUACCGUAAAUCUUGAAUAUCAAUAUAGAAUGAAUAAAGAUAUUAUGCUUCUUUCUAACACAUUAAUAUAUAAUGGAAAAUUAAAAUGUGGAGAUGAAAAAAUUGCAUAUAAAUUAUUUGAUUGUGGCGAUUUUCAGAUGCUAGAUGCAUUACAUUCAAAAGAGGGUCAUGAAUUCGUUUGUAACAUUAAUGAAUGUUGGAUCAAAAAAAUAUUAGAGCCUAGACUCUCAGUAGUAUUUGCAAAUACAGAUUACGUCCCUGCACCUGAAUCUAGAAAAGGUGAUAGAAUACAAAAUGAAAUUGAAGUUCAGCUUUUAAAACAAGUCAUCAUUUGCCUUUUAAAUCAAGGCAUAUCUGAAUCUGAUAUAGCCGUAUUAUCAGUAUAUAGAUCACAAAUUAAAUUAAUUAAACAUCAUUUUAGGCAAUUCCAAAAAAUAGAAAUUGAUACUGCUGAUAGAUUUCAAGGUCGAGAUAAAAAUUGUAUUAUCAUUUCAUUUGUAAGAUCAAAUGAUAAAAACGAGAUAGGUGAACUUUUAAGGGAUUGGAGAAGAUUAAAUGUUGCAUUUACAAGAGCAAAACUUAAACUUAUUUUUUUCGGUUCAAAAUCUACUUUACAAAAAAAUGGAUUAUUCAAUCCAUUCUUUCAUCUUCUAAAACAAAAACAAUGGAUUUAUCAUUUACCAAAAAAUGCUCAUCUUUUACAUUUUUUAGACCAUCCUACAAAUCAAACAAUUCUUAACAAAUCUUCAAAAAAAAAAUCAUUUCAUAUAUCAGCUAAUAAUUCUCUAUUAAAAACAAUCAUAAACGCUUUAUAAUUCUCUUUAUAUCUCUUUAUCUAUCAUAUCUUAUUAUAUGAGUC